AGGACGAAAUGCGAGCCGAGCUCAAAAAAGAUGCUAUAAAAAAAAGAUGCUCGCGUGCAGGGUCUCUAUGCCUUCUUUCAUCUCAUCUCAUUCACUUUGACAUUUCAACAAUGGCACCCCGCGCAAGCAUUGUUCUGUACUACGACAUUGUGUCGCCCUACAGCUAUUUCGGCUUCAAUUUGCUUAAGCGCUACAGGCAGCAGUGGAAGGAUGUCGACGUUGUGCUCCAGCCAGCAUUCUUAGCUGGACUCAUGAGUACGGCCAAGAACCAGCCUCCGGCCACUGUCGCUGCCAAGGGCGCCUAUAUGUUCGCGGACUUGAACAAUGUCAGUGCCGCAAGUGGGAUCCCCUUCAAAUUCCCUUCAGAGUUCCCUGUACUUACCAUUCAGACUAUGCGUCUACUCAUCGUCCUCCAGAGGCACGAAGCAGACAAAUACGAACAGUGCAUCGAAAAGCUCUAUGAGGAGUACUGGUGUAAUGACAAGAACGUUUCUCAGAAGGAUAUUCUCAUUAGUGCCCUGACUCCCAUCAUCGGCUCCGAGGCCAAAGUUGAGGAAUACUACGAGAUGACCGGUCAGAAGGAGAUUAAGCAGGCAUUGAUCGACAAUACUCAAACCGCUUUCGAGGCAGGCGCGUUUGGCAUGCCCACAUUUAUUGUCAAGAAGGCUGGAUCAGAUGAGGAGCACAUGUUCUUUGGCUCGGAUCGAUUCGAGUUGAUGGCUUCUGUCUUGGAGCUGCCUUAUUACGGACUUGCGCCCAAUCCUGCUGCCAAGUUGUAAGAGAUUAAAAAUAAAACUCCUUGCCCCGCAGAACUUCACCAGGGGCCGUAUCGUCA